AUGCAAAACCAAUGUGCUAGCCGAGAUAUUACUUCCUCAGGAAGGUUUAGUAAAUUCUUCAAGCGAUUAUAUCGAAAAAAACCAAAAUCACCUUGCCAAGCAUCAGGAUGUAGCAAUCUUUGCUUAAAAAAGGACAAGUUUUGUAGCAUUAAUUGCAAAUCAUCCAACCUUUUACCAACUUUACCAAACACCGAAAUUUCUACAGUAGAAUUAACACCAACAAUAACUAUAACGGCAGCACAGACUGAUUCCCCAGCUACAUCAUCUUUCUUUACUCGUAUUUUGAAACAUAAAAAAUCGACAGAAAGUGAAUUGCCAGAUGAUGAUAAUCUUUCAUCUAGUGGCAAAGAUAACCCAAGAAAAUCUACUAAAUGGAUAUUUCUUGCCCCAAAAACGGCAACAAAUUCACAAAGCUCUAUUUCUAGUGGUGCAUCCGGUGACUUUAAUGAUUCAGCAUAUGAAUCAGGUUUAGAAACAGAUUCACCAAAAAAAUCUAAAAAGAAAGAUAUCGAAAGGACAAUAAUCACAGAAUUGAAAGCCGAAGAUGAGGAUUACGAAAAAGUCAAAACAAUGUUUCAAGUUGGACUUCCUAAAAAUGAUAUUCUUGGAAUAUUUCAGUUACAAAUGCCUACUAAACUUUUAAAUAAUCACGAAGCAUAUAAAAACAAAAUUGCUAAUAGUGCAAGAACCUCAAAAGAUAAAGUAACGCAUAGAAUGUUUCAUGGCACAAAACAUCCUAAUAAUUGUGAUCCUCAACGUUUUAUCAACAAUCGGAAGGCUAAGUUCUGCAAAUCAGGUUGUGGAUUUUGUGGAAUUGCACAAGAAGGAAAUCAAUCCAAAUUUUCUAAUUAUAAUGGCAGUAAGUAUUCUCAUCAACUUUUCACUUGCUAA